AUGGAGAUUCAUAAUUCGGCAGCUCCUAGCGAGAUUAUUUUUCCUCUUACAGCAUCGUCGCACGAGCCCUGUGUGUUCUACUACAACAAUGGUCCCUUGGAAGUGAGAGCGCCAAGGAAGAGAGGGCGACCAGCAGGCUCAAAGAAAAUACCUAAAUCAAAAGAUCCCCAUCCUGAAGCCGACAAUGACUUCCACUUUAUCCACAUGGACGGCGACAAUUCCAGCAUCAGCGACGAAACGCGCAUCGCCAUUCGAAAACGCGUCAUGGCGAAUUAUACGCAUCGCAAACGCCGGCGAGCGACUGAAUCCCACCGAAAUUCGCUGAAGCUUGUGCGUGAGAUUUGUCAGGUGGAUCCAUUCGAUGCGUUCCCGAUCAAGUUUGAGCCAUAUAUAUAUGACAACACUUUCUCCGACGACGCAUUCUUGCAUCUUCUUAUCGGAUGCGCAGACGCACACAACACGCGCUGCAUGCAUUUCGAGGAUCGUCCUGUCGCCUUACGACACAUGCAAAAAGCCUUGUCGAUUAUGAAGAGUCGGAUUGCGACGAUAAGGGCCGUGACGGACGCGACAAUUGCGGUCAUUGCGACGUUGGCUUUCGUGGAGAAAACGAGAGGGUCGUUUGAGAAUUGGCGGAUACAUAUGCAGGGUCUGAAGAGACUGGUUGAUAUGAGAGGUGGACUGGGGAGUUUGGAGACGAAGCCGAUGGUCAUGACUAAGGUUUUUCGGGCCGAUUUGUGUGGAUCGAUUGAUACCGUCGGAGUACCUUUCUUCUCGAAUCACUACUUACCGUCUCCAAGUCAAGUGAUAAGCGACAGCGACAAGAGUGCCGCCGGCUUCGACAGUCUUCGUGCCCAAAUUACUUUCGAAAAUGACAUCGAAUGUCAUAUAGCAACAUUGGAAGAAGCGACGCGCUUAACAGCUUCACUCAGGACGAAAAAGCACAACGGCCAAGUGGACGCAGCCAGAAUCCGAUUUCUAGUCACAAGAACACAAUACAGUCUCCUCUCAGCACCGAAACAUUCGAACACAGUACACGAAAUAUGUAGAUUAGUUUUAAUACUCUAUUCGGAGAAUAUAGUCAACGAAAGCCCACCUCGCUUGCCGAUCUGCGACGUUCUAAUAACCAAGUUCCGCGACAUUUGGACCGAACCCAGCAACAAUGACACCCCAGUGCCGCGCGAUUUCAAAUUAUGGUGUUUAUUUGUCGCUGCUUCUGUGAUUAGUGUCGUUGCAGAGCCCCUGAUGGAUUGGUACUUGGCAUAUAUCAAUGAGACAGCAUCCCAAAUGCGGAUUCACGAAUGGAGCGAGCUGGUGGAUGUGUUUGAUGCAUUCCUGUGGGACGAGGUCGUGCAUAGCAAGAGGUAUAUGGAGAUAUGGGGUGAUGCCAUAAAAUUCAAGACUUGCUAA